AUGGACUUUUCGCAGAUGCAGACGCCGCCUCCAACAAGAGAUGCUACUUCAAGAAGAAACCUGCAGCAGAGUGUGGGCAACCCGAAUGCAACUCCAGCAACGGUAAUACGAAGGACACCCCAUCAGCAAGUACCGACGUCUGAUGGCAUAUUCAAUCAGACCAUGUUUGGGUACGCAGACGGCGUACCAUUUUCGCCCAGCAUGAUGCCCUUUGCUAACGCUGGACAAAUGUCGGCACCGCCAAUGCCCCAGCAGAGGCUGUUCUGGGAUUCGACUGAUACCAGUCAAAUGGAUGUAGAUAUGUCCGGAGCAUUAGACCCGUUUGGGCCUACGCCUAACAAGCUCCAAGGCAACAUAGGUUGGCAGACAUUCCACAUUCCUGUCGUCGAGCAGAUGCAAGCCCAGUUCCAGCCACAGCAAAGCAUGUCAUCCGCCGGACCUAUGGCGUCCUUUGGCACGAGUACAGCAGGUGAGGGACAGACCUCACAACCAGGCUCAUUCGUGUCCACGACUGCUGGCGUCGACCCAAGUAUGCUGUUCAGCUUCACAAGUCCUGAUGACAUUACCGCCUCGUUCGGCAGUAUGCCUAAGCAAGCCGCCUUCAAGCCGAACAGACAGCCGUACGAGACUCAGAUGCUAGACUCUAAACGCGAAAAGGAAAAAGCAAAGAAACCUAGGAGCUUGCACUCACGUAGCAACACUAACUCGUCCUCCGGUUCCGUCGAAGAGAACCGCCCCAGUUUACAGCGCAGCAACACUGAUGGCGGUUUUCGAAGGGCUCGACCAGUGAGCUCAGAGCGAAGAUCUUCGGCAGACACCAGUGCUGCCUACCACAUCCCACGCCGGUCGUCGCCACUGAAACGUGCGAACAGCGGCGUGCUGAAAGCCAUCCCCGAGAUUAUUCGAAGGCCUCGCACACGACUGAUCAUCGACGAGACAGGUCGAGCUCGCACGGAGACUGUUCCGGCUGAAGAGGACGAGGCCACGCCCAGAGACAUGCGGAGGACUUCGCAGACGUCCAUGAGACAUCAAUACCCAGCGUUGUGGGAAGAGGGUGACACUGAGUCAGACUCAGACGAGCCGCAGCCCAUCCUGAGUCGUAACAGUUCAUUCAGCAUACCACAGCCGCAGCGCCGUGCCUCGAAGCAUGCCAGGACCGAGGGCAACGAGCUCUCGAGAAACAACUCCUUCAAGAUGGCGCGACCUGCGUCAAGGACGACUUCAAGAGCCUCCUCUGGUGCUUUUGACAAAGCGUCUUUCGACUCCGUAAGGACUGUAAGGCCGCCCAGCCAGAAUGCCUCGCGUAGAAUCAGCAUGGUCGACGUCCUUACAACCUCAUCGUUCAGCAGCCAGGCGAGCAGUUACAACUUGGUACCUGACUCGCCAGGUGAUGCCUUGGGAGCCCUGAAGAAGGUGGUUGGUAGUCGGCAGGAGAGGAUUGAACGUGCUUCGCAGAACACUCUGCAAGCACACAACCAACGCUGGGCGCAAGCCUCUACCGACUUCGCGAAUGCCUCCACGCCCCACGGUCACGGUCGCUAUGACCCCUUUACCAAUAAUUUCAACGGCUCGCCAAGCACUGAAGGACUUACGACACCAUCAACGGACCGCAGCAGCCUUUCGACGGACAGCACACGAUGCGUUUGCCAUGGCACAGAUGAGGGUCAGCCAAUGGUGCAGUGUGAAAGCUGCGAAAAAUGGUUGCACAUGGGCUGCCUUGGAUUAAAACCAAGUACGCUUCCUGCUGUGUACGUAUGUGUCUUCUGCACAGGCCAGACGCCUCUCGCGAGAGGUGGACGUAUCAGAGGCCCUGUCCCCUUCGACUCGCCGCUUACGCACAAGUCGCUCUUCCGCCGAUAA